UAAAACCCGUGUCUAGAUGUUGUCCCAAGAGCCCGUCUUUUUAUUACCUUAUACUCUCCACACAACAUUACUAACCACUUUCCCAGAACAAGACAAACGACAAAAAGCACAUCUUAAGACCAAGCCCACCGACUUUCCCAAAAUAAAACUGCUCUUCAGGAACACCAGAUCGAAGUCGCUUUCCCUUCGGUCCACCGACCCCACUCCCGACUGCUCUCUCUCUCUCUCGUGCUCUUGGGAGAAGAGAAAUUGGCGAAUGGGGGUGCCGCUUGGGGUGAUCGUAGGGAGGUACACGACGGCUGGGGGCGGUAGCGGCGGAAGCGACGGCGAGAUGGGAGACGGGAUCAUAAGGCACAACCGGAAAUGCAGGGAUUUGGUGUUCCUCGUUAUCUUCAUCGCCUUCUGGGUGGCCAUGAUCGUCAACUCCAGCUUCGGAUUCAAUCAAGGAAACCCACUUCGGCUUACAUAUGGACUGGACUAUAAAGGAAAUGUUUGUGGCAGCAAACAUGCUAACCCGGAUUUACGCGAAUUGGAGGUUAGGUACUGGCUGAAUCCCAACCAGGUCUAUCAAAGUGGUUUGAAGAGUAGCCAUUUCAGUCUGGCUGAUGCUAAGAGUAUCUGCUUGAUGGAAUGUCCCAUUCCUUCGGAAGAUGGCCUCAACUUCAUCUGUGAUUAUCCAGAGGGUGACAUUCGCCUCUCAGUGGAUGAUUGGAUUGACAGGGACUAUGAUUAUUUUGAGUUUCUUACACCAGACAUGAGGAAUAGCUCUCUUCAACUCCAAGGUCCAUGUUACCCUAUAAUUUUUCCAAGUGUAAAUGUUCACUGGAGCUGCCAAUUCAUAGCACGUGCAUCCAACAUUUCUUUGAGGCAUUGGCAGCAGAUGGGUGGAGUUACAAUUGAGGAGAACAUAUUAAUAGAUAAAACUAUUCACAGGGCCAUCAAUUCUCCAUCUGCUGUCUUAAAGAGAUAUGUGGCAGACAUUGGAAAGGCAUGGCCUGUGUUGAUCGUUUGUGGAGGAAUCCUGCCACUAUUUUUAUCUGUGAUCUGGCUAUUAAUGAUUCGCCACUUUGUUGCUGGAAUGACAUGGAUAACAGUGAUUCUCUUCAAUGCCCUUAUAAUAUCUGUUACAAUGUUUUACUACGCAAAAGCUGGAUGGAUUGGACAUGAUGCUAUCUCAGUUGUCAUUGAUGAAAGUGAUCCAUAUGUCAACAUAAGUGGGAGGGAAAUAAAUCACAUUCGUGCUGUAGCUGUUCUUAUGACAGUUGUAAUGAUCAUCACAUUUCUUUCUUCAAUAGCCAUUGUCCGCCGUAUUCUUAUAGCAACAUCUGUUCUAAAGGUUGCUUCAAAGGUCAUAGGCGAAGUUCAGGCUCUUAUUGUUUUUCCAAUUUUGCCAUAUUCUAUCCUUGCAAUCUUCUAUAUGUUCUGGUUUUCCGCUACACUCUAUCUUUUCAGCUCUGGUCAGAUCAUUAGAAAUGACUGCAAUGCCAAUUGCUGUUCGUAUGACCUUAAGUCCAACAGGGUGAAUUGUGAUAGUUGUUGUGGCUACAGCAUCCAUUACACCCCGCAUAUUGGAAUCUCCAUCCUUUUUCACCUAUUUGGGUGUUACUGGGCAACUCAGUUUAUCAUUGCAUGCUCGUCUACAGUUAUUGCUGGAUCAGUUGCCUCUUAUUACUGGGCUCGUGGUGAAAUUUCGGAAAUUCCAUUUCUCCCUGUAUUUUCUUCUAUGAAGCGCCUUUUACGUUACAGUAUCGGAUCUGUGGCUCUCGGUUCGCUGGUUGUAUCCAUUGUUGAAUGGUUUCGGUUUAUACUUGAGUCACUCCGCCGCAGGUUAAAACUUGCAGAUACUGCUCCUGUAAGCUGUAUGGGAAAAAUGAUGUCCUCUUCUUCACAAUGCUGCCUAGGAUGUAUUGAUUGGACCAUCAAGUCUGUGAAUCGGAAUGCAUAUAUUAUGAUUGCCAUUACAGGCAAAGGGUUCUGCAAAGCAUCUGCAAUUGCUACAGGUCUAAUUAUGAAUAAUAUAUUGCGCAUAGGAAAAGUGAAUGUCAUUGGAGAUGUUAUUCUCUUUCUUGGGAAGUUGUGUGUCAGUCUCUUCUGUGCACUGUUUGCAUUCCUCAUGUUGGACACUCACAAAUAUAAAUCUGCCCACAAUAGGAUUUCAUCCCCUUUGUUCCCUGUUCAGGUAUGCUGGGGCCUUGGUUAUAUAGUCGCAACCCUCUUCUUUGCGGUUGUGGAGAUGUCGAUCGACACAAUCAUCCUCUCCUUCUGCCAGGAUGCAGAAGAGCAUCAAGGGACUGCACAAUGUGCACCUCCUCUUCUCAUGGAAACUCUUGAUGGUGAAGGAGAAACACAGAGACUAACCCAAGGAUCUUGAGCACAUGUAUGUUUUUCUUGUUAUGUUGCUCGGAUCAGCAAUCCAAAAGGGAAAGCAUCAUCCCUUUACUCGGCUGUCUUCUGCUCAUUUUUCUGUUUUGCUGUUUGUUGCGGAAGUUCAGCUCCUUAUACUGAAGUACAUCCAUGUCAAUUAACUUCAUGAGUUAACAUCAGUGAUCCAGAAGUAAGGAUGAUCUCUACAAUUUGCUCAGUUUUCAGCCUUUGCAUCUUCUUUUCCCUCUACCUGUGGUAAUAGCCUUUCACUCCUAGGUUCUCUUUUUACAGCGUAUGAAGGUUAAUUUGGGCUCUGCAUGUACCAUCCUCAAAAUAGACAAUUACCCAUGCUAGCUGUGACCCACCAGCUUGCAUGAAAUUGAAGCUACAGAUUUUCAGUUUUUAUAUUGCAUAUAAAUAUGAAAACAUCAGUUCACGAGACACUUAGGGCAGAUAAUAUAUUGCUACCUGCAUUAUUUGAGACAAAAUUUGCUGCAUGACCCUAGCGAGAACAAACAUAAUCUCUCCAGAAAAUUGGCAAAAAAAAAGUCAGGGCCCUCGAUAGAAUAAAGACAAUAGUUGCUGUUGUUUCUAACAUUGUGGUGCUUUUAAAUAGCAUAGAUAGAGAUUAGGAUGACCAAGGAAAGAAAAACAUCGAUUUUUAAUGGGAUCAGAUGAAAAAAUAAAAUAAAAGUUUAAUAUCUGACCCAAAAAUAAAUAAAAGGAAAUGAUGGAUGCUUACAUUAAUAGAAUCAAUCAAGAGAGUGGAUGGUUACAUGAUUAGAACCUUCAGAAA